AGAGGUAAUGUGACACACGUAUUUCCUUACGAGAGAUUACUCCCGGCAACGCUGAUCGCAGAAAACUUUUAAAAUUAAUUAUUAGGUGGCGCUUUAAGCGUCAUGGAUUUUGCCUCCUUAUCUUACUUUCCCUUAACCUCCGCUAAUUUGUGUUACAUGUUUCUUAUCACAUGAUAUCUAUUUGCGUUCGUUACUAGUUUCUCCGCUGUGACUCCGAUCGAUCUCUAUAUAAUUGAAAAUUUUCAUAUUUGCGAUCUAAUAUCGUCGCGAGAUGGCAAGUACGUUCUUAUACUUUGCUUAUGGCAGCAAUUUGUUAACGAAAAGAAUUCACUUCAAUAAUCCAACAGCCGUGCGAAAGGACAUUGGUCGUUUAAAAAAUUACAGACUUGAUUUUAUAACAUACACAAAAAGAUGGGGUGGAGCAGCAGCAACGAUAGUUCCUACAGAAAACUGUUCUGUAUGGGGUGCAGUUUGGGAAUUAGAUAAAUGUAAUCUUUCUACGUUGGAUUGUCAAGAGGGUGUUAUGGAUAAUAUAUAUUUUCCAUUGAUAGUUAAUAUUGAAACUCCCAAUGGUGCUAUUUUAGAAUGUAGAGUAUACCAACAAUGUAAUAUUCCGGCAAACUAUAUAAAACCAAUGUUCCUGCCAAUAGAAAGACGACCAUCGCCUCUUUAUUUAGAAACAAUUAUUAAAGGUGCCCAAGAAAGUCAACUUCCUGAUAGUUACAUACAAUUUUUAAAGAUGAUAUCGCACAAUGGAUUUAAGGGAAAAUGUGAAAUUAGCUUAUCCUUGAAAGAAGCUUAACAUCUGUGAUUCUACACCUUUGUGUAAAGUUUUGAGGAUUCGUUCGGCCAUCGAUAAUUCUGAAGCUUCCUGCAGAAUUAGCUUAACUAAGGUAUAACAGGGAAUUUUUAUUUUCACGAAAAUCUAUUUAUCUUUGUAAUAUUGGAAAUAAUGGAUAAGGAUAUGCAUACAUGCAUAUGUACAUACAUACAUGCAUACAUAUACAUAUAUAUAUAUACAUAUAUGUAU